UCAACAAAACAAUUCAACUGAAGUGAUGAGUUAUCUGAAACGAGAAUGUCUACUUUCCCAGUGAAGUGGCAAGACAGGGAUUAAGUCCUCUUUUUUCAGACUGGCUUUCCUGAUAUGCAGCAGUGCCUUUUCUCCCUUAAGUCUUUUCUCUGUGUUCGCUGUGCAGAGAGGCUUGGCUCAGCUUGCUGCGCUGUGUGGAGCCAAAACACAGCGCUGAUGUCAAGAGGAGCAAAUCUUACUGAAGGCAGGCGAGCAUAGUUUACAAGUCAGUGGAGCUAUUAAUAGGCCUGAGUUCUUUUACAAUGUCAACUGUAACCAAAGCCGUUGUGUUAAAGUGUGUUUGCCUGAAAUAUCUACAGCCACAAGUUGAGAGGUCUUGCUUCGGUUAACUUUAGACACAGUAAUGGAGUCGGCGGAAAAAGUCCCCAACCAACAUUUUGCAGUCAGUUUACUAGGUCUGCCAGCCGAAGAUGAUGUUUUUGCUGAGGAUGAAGACGCGAAUGAAAUUUGGAUCAAGCCAAAAUCUUCCCCACUUCCACGAAGACGGAGUUCUUCUUCAGACGAGGGGCCAGAACCUCCCCCGACCCCGAAUCGAAAAGUUUCUUUUGCUGAUGCAUUUGGUCUCGAACUCGUGUCUGUUAGAGAAUUUGACAAAUGGGAUUUGCCCACUGGCACACUGGGUGGGGAGCUGCCAGGUGAGCGGUUACCUCUUGAGGAAUGUCUCUUACUCCCUCUGUUUGAACUCCCAUUCUCCCCUGAGGACCUGAUGCGGAAAGUUUACGCCCAAAAAGUGGAACUAGAAUCGACAGACUUUCCUCCGGGAACGACCUGCAUGAAGGGACUUAUCCGUGUUUUGAACAUAUCGUAUGAAAAGCUGGUGUAUAUCCGGAUGACACUGAAUCAUUGGGAGAGUUACUAUGACAUUCUGGCGGAUUAUGUCGUUGACUCCUGUGAUGGUGAGACUGACCAGUUCACAUUCAAAAUUUCACUCGUCCCCCCUUACCUUAAGGACGGGGCCAAAGUUGAAUUUGCAAUUCGUUAUGAAACUCCAGGUGCUGUUUACUGGGCAAACAACGAUCACAAAAAUUACGUGAUUUUAUGUCAUAAGAAAGGCGACCCCAACACAAACGGAAAAUCUCCAGAAGAGCUCGAUGAUCGAAAUUUAAAAAGCUGCCUGAAGACAUCAUAUAGCAAAGAGAACCUGGAAACACCUGAUGAUGAUGGCUGUACAUUGGUACGAAGUCCUGAAGACAUAGCCCAGCAGGAAAGUAGAGAGACAGUUUUGGAAACGGCCAUUUCUGUGCAAUUGAAUACCGAAAGCAUGUAUGAUGAUAAUCCAGGACAAAAAGAAGAAAGGAGUGAACAACUGGACACACAGAUGAAUCCUCCAUUCCAUAUAUCAUUGACCACCCCAAGAGGUGAGAAAACUGAUUUAGCACCUGUGGGAGAAUCAUAUACUCAUGUUAUGGAAGAACAUGAGAAGAAUGCCAGGAAAAUCAGUGAGUCAUCAGUUAAUCAGCAGAAUGAUUUAGAAGUUGAACAUCCUAAGUUUGCAAGUGUAAACAACUAUAAGGUGAACGAAGUUAAGCAAGACAAAGAACCUGUGUGGAUCAGGAUUCCAUUGGACAGUAACAAAGAUACAUCCAAUUUGCCAACUCAGAGUCACGAGGAAUGUGCAGUACUACAAACAGAGAGUGUUAAUGUUGUAGCAAGCAAUGGCAAUAGAAUGAUCCAGUCUUCUACAUUCUCUUAUGAUGAAGCAGAUUUACUACAUGAAAGCGGCCUUCUUGUCUCUCGGGUAAGAGAUGAACUUGUUCCGUCACAUGGAAGUGAUACAUCAGCUAAAUCUGGACUAGAAUUGAAUAAUUUCUCAGGCAAUAGCAGAGACAGUGUCUUUGCUAUUAAUAUGCAAGAUAAGGUAAUCAUUCAGGGGGCUAUUGAUGAGUGUGACAAGCUCCCUAAUAAUACACAAAGUCCGAUACAAUCUCAACAAGAGAGCACAGGUGCUGCAAAUGGAAAUAAUGUAAAUGAUUAUUUGACUGACAACACAAUGGCAAGUAGUGAAUCAGAGUCCACUCCUGUCUCUGCAGUACGCACCGACACUCAUUUGGAAUGUGAAUCAGAUAGAAAGAGCUCUACAGCUCCUGGUUCAAUCUUAUCAAAGGAAGAAAAGGUUUGCAGUGUAAAAGCAAGUGACACACAAGAACCACCCCAAUAUUACAGUAAAGCUGAGAAACUGGAAGAUGUAAAGCAUGGUAAUGAUUUUCCUGAGAAAUCUAAUUUAAUAAACCAAGAAGCAGAAAAUAUGCAAGAGCAAAUCUCACUUAAACAAGAUCUCAAAGUUAGUGCGAAGAACACAUUCAGUGAAUCUUUAGAAGUUACAAAACAUUCACAAAUUGGAAAAGAAAUGGUCAUCAAAUUUGAGUGUGCUGCAAACAAACAAAGUUCUUGUGAUGUGUGUUCAAAUAACAAAAUUGAAAAAGACACUGCAGGCAUCAUGGAAUUCAUGCAACAUACAGAUAUGCACAGUGAUUCGUGUAAUGGGAAGUAUCAAAAUACAGGAGAGGAGUUUGGUACUUGUCUCCAGAUCACACCUAGUAAACAGUUGGAAUUUGCAAAUAUAUCAAAUGAUGAGACUGCCACGAUGCGUGCAGAAAUCCCUAAGCUGCAGGGUUCUUUAGAAAAAGAAAAAUAUCAAGACUCUUGUGAAGUAGAUGACGUUCUGACACAAUUACCAGAGACUAAAUCAACAAAAGAAGGUAUUGUAAAUGAGCAAAAUAAAAAUAUAAUUCCAGCCAUACAAACUGUAGAGCUAAGCACGAGUGCUCCAUCGUGUGUUUUAGUGGAUACAGUGGUAAAAGAAGCAAUUGAAGCAGCUUUGUUUGAAAUUAGUGGAGAUGAAGGAAGAAGUACAACAUUUGUAUCAGAAAAAGGGACAGCCAUCCAAAAUUCGCCAAGUGAAGAUCAAUUUUCAAUGUCAAUUCAGAAGGGGUCCACAUCUUUUCAUUUAACAUCAAAACAUGAACAACCUUCCAAAAUUCACGAUACCCAUGAACAAAUUGCAAAAGAUGCUUUGCAGCUUGGUGAAUAUGCAACUGAAACAAAUACAAUGUGUGUACAAAUGGGGAAGGAUGCAUGUGAUGCUUCUCAGAAAAUUACAGAAGAAGUAGCUUCUUCAAUAAGUCUGCAAACAAAAACAUCUGUACCAAUUUCAGAAGACAUAAAACCUCCAGAUGUAACUUUUCAUUACAGCCAAUCUUUAGAAGUUGCAAACAAUUUGACUGCAGAUUUUCAAGUGGAGAAUCAAAGUGGAGCCAAAAUUGCAGCAGAAGCUGGGCAAGAUGUUAGUGAUUCAAUGAAGAUGCUUCCUGGUUUUCAGGAAGAAACCGACGGAAGAAUUUCUUGCAAAAUCACUGAUACAAGUGACAGCAUUAUUGAAAAUAUUUUUGAAUCUUUGGAUCUUAAAAUAACAGACAAUUAUGAAGUUAAACAAACACAUCCAGAAGUUGUAAAGGAGUUGUCUAGUAAUACUACUGAGGUCUCAGAAGAAAAUGCACAUUACAAUGAGAGGGAAAAGAAUAUAGACUUCACACAGAGAUGUCAUGUUUCAGAAUUGGGCUUUACACAAGGUUACAGUGCACCAGAUCUUACGGAGUGCAUAGAGGUAGGAAAAACAGAACUUAAGGGAGAAGAGGCAAUGAGCAUAAAGAACAAUUUGCAACACUUUGGUGAAACAAAUGAACCCAGAUCAAUUGGAGUUACGCAAUUACAUAAAUUUACUAAUAUGUCUAAAGCUACAAAGGAAGUUGUGCCAGUUACUGGGCAGAUUGUAGUAGAAGAAGCUGACCAUGAAACUAGUAUAGAGAUUGAGGCAGUUAAUAAGCAAAAAUGUGGAACAGUCAAUGAAGUUAUUAUGGACAGUGAAAGAGAAAGAGCACCAGUAGGUGCCCAUUACCUGGAAAGUAUGGAAAUGUGUCAUGACACUCAACGGAUGCAAGUAAAUGAGAGAAAAAAUCAAAAUGCAGUAAGGCCUAAAAACUUUGCGAAAUUUGGUUCAAGUUCAUACAUUUCUAGUGAAACAGAGAAGAAAAAUGGAGCUGAAACUCCACCACAGAAUUCUGAGCCAUGUAGCCAUCACAAAUAUGUAGGUCCAGUCAUACUGAUUAGCAAACCAGUUGAAGGGGAUGAGGGAAAGGUGGCAAUCAGUGAUAUCUCCAGUAAUAUCUAUCCCUGUUCAGAAAGGUUAGAAUUUGAGGAAUGUAAUGAGAAAAUAUUUGAGAAUGAGCAGGCAGGUGAAGCUUAUGAUGGUAAUGUUAAGAAUGAGGAAUUACAGUUACAGAGUGAACCAUUUGCAGAUGAAGUUAAUUUGAAAAACACAGCAUGGAAAGCUUACUAUUUUGUUUUAUUCAUUGUGUUUCUAGUUACUGUUUAUCAUUAUGACUUUAUAGGAUGCUUUGCAUUAUACCUGUUUACAUUGUAUUGGUUGUAUUGUGAAGGAGGAACAAGCAAUGAUUCUGUCAAAAAGGAAUGAUGUAAGUAAUAGUAUCAUAAUGAAUGCUGCAAGGAAAGGCAAUGGUUGCACAUAUGAAGAACUGAAAUUAGGUUUUGGAAUUGUUAACCAUUUGAGUACUGAAAGAACCAUUGCCUGUCAGAAUACACACAUUGUUUGUUUCACACAUCAACAAAAUGGUUAUCCACAUGUCUACCAAUAUUUCAAGGUAGAAUUAAUCACAUUUUCAAAAUACAUAAUAUUUUAUAAUUGAUAACAUUCUUAGAAUAAACCAAAAUAGCCUUCUUUUAUUUUUAUGAUGCUAAACAAUACUGGUUAACAGUUAAUGUGACAACAAUGCCAUCAAAAUGCCUUACUAUAAGUUUUUAAAAAGUGCCUAGUUGAGAAAGCUUUACAGAAAAUUGACUUUAUGGCCUAUUUUCUUCAUAUAAAGUAAUGUGAUUGACAUUUACUUAUUAAAGAAACUCGGCUUAAAAUAUCCUUUGUGAAGUUCAUAUGACCAUUUUAUCUCUUACUUGAGUGCAGUUCAGAUAAUUUCAGACCAAAUUUUUUUGUGCUGUAAUAAAUUUGUAUAAUAAACUAGGGUAACAUCUACUAAAUACUUCAAGUCAUAUAACUUUAGCCUGUUUUAUAGUCAGUGAAUGGAAAUUUAGUUUGAUCUUCUGAAUGGUAAAGCAUUAAAGUUGUUACAAAUGAUAUAAAACACGUAUUUUAUUUCUCCUGCCAUUUUUAAACAUGGUGUUUGUUAGUUAGUUCAGAAUUGUCUUUUUCCUGGUGCGACUCAAAUGGCUUUCAGUUGUAUGUGGAAAAAUGAAGUAGAAGUUGUCUUGGAAGAAAGGGAGAGGCAAAUCAGAAAUAAUAACUUUUUUCAUAAUAUCUAUACAGCUAUAAAAGAUUACGCUGAAGAACACCUUCAAAAAGUAAUCUUUAAGUGUAAACAUUGGGACAAUAUGAUAUCACUUGCUAAGACAUAUGUUUCUCAUUUAUUUAGCCACCUCACAGCAUUUGAAAUUUUCCUCGUCCUGGAGAAGUUAAUAAUCAAUUGUCUCUGUGUCUUUAAGAAUUUUGUGCUAUUAAUUGCUGUUUUGUUAUUUUCUUCACUUUGUUGCAUACUUGUUCUUUGGAGAAACACCUUCAGUUUUUACUUCCCUAUUAGCAGAUUGCCUAUGCUGUAUUGCACCCUCCAGAGAAGGUUUGUUAUUUAAUACUUUUCUUCACUGCAUCUGAUGUAUAAUUUUGUUAAUAAAUAUAGUUUCUUGUUGCACCUUCA